AAUUCAAAACUGUAGCAUAUAAAUAGAGAGUGAGAAGCUCAUAUUACCGCAUUUCAUCCUGAUUUAGUGCAGUGUGAUUUCAUAGAUUGAUCGUAGCCGAAUACGCAAAAUGGCUUCCGGAUAUUUGUUUGCGUCUAUUUUGGUCCUAGCCCUGUUUGAGUAUUGCAGUGCUGGAGGUGGAGGACAUGGAGGAGGACACAAAAAGGUAAUCAUCCACGUGCCGUACAAAGUCAACACCAUCCACCACCACCACACAGUCUACAAGCAUGUUGGAGGUGGCGGAAAAGAUGAGGGCGGUUACAAGGUGAUCGGAUAUUCUGGUGAUGGUGAUGUCAGUCUCGGACAUGGACAAGAAGUUAGCUCAGACGGCGGAGAACACGCUGGAGGCUUCACAGUUGGAGGCGACCAUGGAUACUGGCACUCAGGAGGCCAAGAAGCUGGUAUCGAAUCUGGCGGAGGACACGACUGGAGCGGCGCCGGCCUGGAAAGUGGCAAAGGAUUUGAAGGAGGCGACUUAGGAGGUCUUGGAGCCUACGGAGGUGGCCACGACUUUGGUGGUUAUCAAGGCGGUGACUCCGGAGCCAGUUUCCACGGCGAUCUAGGUGGUCACGAUCUUGGAGGAGGUUCCGCUGGUUACGAUUUGAGUGGAGGCGAGAGCUAUGGAAACUCCCUCUCAAGUGAUGGAGGUCACAGUUUAGGAGGUGGUUUAGAGGGCGGUUUCAGUGGUUAUGGAGGAGGCGACGACGGAGGCCAUAAAGGCUACGAUUAGAUUUCGUCAAAAGACUUGCACACACUGUGUUACCUGCAUUAUUUCUCCCAACUAGUCUGUUUUAUUGUAUAGUUAGUUUUAAUUUAAUGUUAUUGUUGUUGAGUUAAUGUUAUUCGUUUUUUACUGUUUAAUAAAAAAAUGUGUUAAAAACA